AUGGAACGCCGCAUUACUCGCUCUGCAGCACGGGCUGCAGCUGCAUUGACUGCAGGAGAAGAAAACAGCCCUUCUGUCACUCAAGCACCAAGCACAACUAAAAUCAACAAACGAAAGCGUCUCAAUCCCACCGGCAAUUCCAAUACCCCUAAUACUCUGAAUACACCCAGAGUCAACACAACUACUGAGUUGAGAUCCUCCAAUGAUCCCAGUCCCGCAAUUAAGAAAGAGAAGACAGUCUUGCUCCCGGACUUGUUCAAUGAACUCCCUCACACCCUAGGGUCCAUGCCGGCCCCAUUGUCCGUAGCGACGGAGCCCACAGUCUCCUCAAUUGCUGGGUCUGACAAGGAAAACCAAACUUUAAAGGGCAACCAGGUCGCUGAUCUAGCUACUGAGCUGCAAGACACUGUGAACAAAGCUACGACCAAGUUGAAGAAAGAACCCAAGGUUCAAACUACCCCAACCGGCCGCAAGCCAAAGAAGAAUACUUAUGGCUUGACACCCGGUAUCUCUCCUUUCUCCGAAUUGGCUCGACCAACCGCUGAGGAGUGUGAAGAUGUCAAUCAACUGUUGUCCAGCGUACAUGGCGUAGUCACUGCUCCGGCAACCAUUCCUGAGCCCUCCCUGACAGUCACCGGGUGUGGUGAGGUCCCAUCCGUUCUAGAUGCCUUAAUUCGCACUCUUCUCAGCGGUGCCACCACGGGCAACAAUGCCGCAAAGGCCUUUGGCGGGCUUGUGCAACGAUUCGGCAUUCUUUCAGAAGGCAUCGGCAAGGGAAGCGUGAAUUGGGAUGCCGUACGACAGGCCACUGUGAAAGACGUGUUUGAAGCGAUCAAAAGUGGUGGAUUGGCCGACAUCAAAAGCAAGAACCUCAAGGCGAUUCUCGACAUAGUCCACGAAGACAACCAGGCGCGCCGAGCUACAUUGUUAGAUUCUGCCAAGAACGACUCAAUGUCCAAGCUAGUACCUGAGAAGGCUGAAAAGGACAAGCAAUACGAGAUUGCCUGCGCGGACCAGAAUUUCCUCUCCCUUAACCACCUUCACAAUCUCACCACUGAAGAAGCCAUGACCGAUCUGAUCAAGUACCCCGGAAUCGGACCCAAGACCGCCGCCUGCGUGAUCUUGUUCUGCCUCCAGCGACCCUGUUUCGCCGUCGACACACACAUCUUCCGGCUCUGCCGCUGGCUCGGAUGGAUUCCUGCCCGUGCAAACGAAGUAACUGCCUUCAGUCACCUGGAAGUGCGUAUCCCCGACCACUUGAAGUACUCCCUUCACCAGCUGUUCAUCCGGCAUGGGAAGACCUGCCCCCGGUGCCGAGCUGCUACCGGCGAGUCCAGUGCUGGCUGGGAGGACGGAUGUGUCAUUGAUCACCUGUUAAUUCGCGAUGGGAAGCGCAAGGGCAAGGGUCCGACUGUGGUUUCUAAGAAGGAAGCAGCUACUAAGCGCGUGGCUAGUAAGCGUAAUAGAACGAGCCAGGAUCCCGAGGAGAAGACUGAGGGCAGCGAGAGUUCAGUCUUUGACGAAACGAGUGACGAGUGA